UGUUGCUGGCUUCGCAGAUACCGCCAUUGUUGCCUCGGUGUGGCCUGAUGUUAAAUAGACGGGCUACUGCGGAAAGCCACGCGAAAAUGUCUAUUUGAAGGUGAAAAGCAUGGAUGGAUAAACAACAAAUUUGACGUCAAAUCAAUGCAGGAUUGCUAUAUGUGAAACAUGCGAGAAGGUUUGUAUUUGGACAUUCAACGUCCAUGUGUAUAAUUGUCACCAUGCAAUGGACUAGUGCAUUGGUGAGAAGCACAUGGAAUAACUACAGAGAAAUUAUAUGGGAGUGUGUGUUCCUGGAGAAGCCUGGACACAACCAUUCCUAGCGGUCCUAAUCUUCACAGGGACGAGACUUUGGUGAAUGAAAUGGAUGUGAUUUCAGCCGAGGUUCCGUCUGCAGGACUGUUGAUUAGCAAGAGGCUUAUGUCUAUGGUGAUAGUUUCCAUUGUAAUGUAUUUGUCAGUAUCCGUGAUCACGAGUUCUCGGCUUUCUACAUUUCAUCGAUACCUUGUGUCGCAUCUCUACAGUAAAUUUAUUACCAAAAAACAUCACAUUCACAAAAACUCCGAAGCAUCCGUUGUUUGCUAUUAAGCUGAAAUGAAAUCAGUUGUAUAAAUGUUUUUCAAUUAACCAACUAUAGUUAAACCAUAUGAAAAUCUGCAAUAAUGCAAGUCUGUAUAGGCGAUAUGUUAGAACUGUAUAGUUAAUGCAUUGUUUGGUAUGAGACAACCUUGUCAAGACACAACUGCAAUAAUGGAUCUGUAUAUUGUGUGUAUCCGUCUGUUUUCUUUCAUUGCGACAAUAGUCUUGUUUAUGUCCCUAAAUGUUCUCGAUUUUGCGAACUGUUCAGAUAUAAGUCAACUGUCACGACUUCGGUAUUUUGCUAUAAAGAAAACGGAGCCGCCUCUGUAUCAGAAACGGGACAUAUCCGCUGUGACCUCUACACCAUUUAUACAACGCAGAAAAGGAGGAAAAUGCCAAAAGUGCAAGUUUAGCACUAUCCUACAUAGUUAGUACUUUGUCCAACAGGACUAUGUCACAGACUGAGUGUAAUAACGCCGGCUUUGAACCCCUUACGCUAGACGAAUUUAAUCUUCAAUACUCAAAAUCUCACUUCCAUGAUUUGUUUGCUUUACAAGCCGGGAAGGCUAUAGACGUUGCUAAUGGAUUGACUAGUCUUCAUUUUAAUGAAAAAAGUGUCGAUAUUCGGGACCUAAAUGAUUCGCAUGUGUCUGUGUAUACUGCUAUCCUUAAAUAUUAUGUCCAAAAUGACUCGCAUAUAACCGGAAGUGGGAUAGCGUUUGAAAAUGGAUUCUUUCCAUAUGUUUCAAAAUCAACUUCCGGGAGUUCUUUUCCUUCAAAUUUGGGCGCAAUUAAUCCCAUGUAUAAAAAUUCCGAGUAUUAUACAGUCCUUAAAGCCAGGAAUUAUUCAAAAGUGUGGAAAACAGAAGGCGCCUCAAAAGUAGCUGCUGAAAAUCACACGGCCUACAUUGGUAAACACGAAGGGUUUUGGACCGACCCUUACUUUGACUGUCGUAACCAGGAAAAAUGGAUCAUUACCUAUUCAGCACCGUUCUUCCGGCUUGUCCAAGAUCAGCCGGCGUUUGGCGGUGUGGUGACGGUCGAUAUUGACCUCGACAGUCGAGACGUAAAUCAGUGUAACACAGAUCACGGACUUUUCUCCUACUCAGACAAAUGUCCGCCAGAAACCACACAGUGUGAACAUAAACCGGGCCAUGGAUUAGCAUUAGGGAGUUACGUUUGUGUAUGUCGGGACGGCUUUUAUUUCCCCAAUACCAGUACUUCCGGCCAGUUUUACUCGGGAUCUAUGCUAGAAAGUGUUUAUUUGGAGAACCUCAGCAAUGGAACUAAUUUCACCGGGGAAGGAUUUCAGUGUCUGCCGUGUCUCCGUGGCUGUACACAGUGUGUGGAUAGUACGCCAUGCAUGGCUGAUUAUAAUAUAUUAUUACGCGGCAUACCGCUAGGAAUUCAAAGUUUCUGUAUCACCGUGACGCUUGUAAUUGCGGCGGCAGUGAUUCGUCUACGUAAAACCAAGGUCAUGGUCAGUGGAAUGUGGACUCUACUAGAAAUAAUACUGAUAGGAGCUGUGCUUUUGUACGCAACAGUAAUCAUGCAGUACUUUAAGCCGACAGCGACUAUAUGCCUUGUGAUCCCCUGGUUUAGGGAGCUGGGCUUUGCAAUAGUGUACGGUGCACUGAUUCUAAAGGUGUAUAGAUUACUGGCGGAGUUUCAAUCGCGUAAGGCACAUAGAGUUCACGUGCGCGAUAAAGAUCUCCUGAAAUACCUGCUGUGUGUCGUGGUGGUAGUACUGGGGUACAUGUCGGCUUGGACAACGGUCACCCUUGACCACUUACGUGAAGGAAAGACUCUUUUAGAGAUGGGAACCACCCCAGGGGAUGGGUUAAAAUACCCGGUUUGUAAAGCGGGUUGGUGGGACUACGUCAUAGAAGUAGCCGAGUUAACGUUCCUGUGUUUUGGGAUAUACCUAUGUUACAAAGUCAGGGCUGCGCCGUCCGAUUACUCAGAAGGAACGUACAUCUCUGCAGCCAUCUGUUACGAAGCUGUGGUUUCUUGUAUAUUUUAUGUGUUACGACAUGUUUACUGGUUGAACCUAAACCCCGACUAUCUCUUCCUUAUGUAUUUUAUUCGCUGUCAGAUGACAGUGACAGUAACAUUGUUACUUAUAUACGGUCCCAAGCUAUUGUAUGCACACCGGCCGCCCGAGAACCACCAUUUACGGAAUAGGGCCUACUCCUCAUCAGAUGGGCCGGACAGUAUGGGUCCGGAGUCUAUGAAGCUAAACAUCGGCGUGUCAUCUAACGGAGACAUAGACGUCGGGGAAAUAAGUCUGGCCGACAUGGACCCCGAAGACAUUCGUGCUGAAUUGAAGCGUCUAUAUACUCAACUGCAAAUAUAUAAAACUAGGACAAUGAGAAAAGAGAAUCGUCAUAUUUCUAAACGUAGAGGUGGGCGAAAGCAAACACAUAGGCGAUUCUCGUUACAACCGUUCCACCACAAACAUCGUCACCAUCACGACCACGAUCACGACCACGAGAUGUCGAAAACACCCGAGGAAUCAACGAAUAGUGCCGAGGGAGUUCCGAUGGGAUUCGAUUCUGGCACCGGAAAUAAAUGUGAUGAUGUUCAUGAAAAUGAACAAAAGACAAGUGGCCAGUGUACAGUAACAUUUAAAAUGGGACACAAAUAGACCACGUGUAUGAUAAUCUGUUUCUCAUUAAUAUUAGUCAUUAUCCAUCAGUAUUUUCUCGGAUCAUAUUAUAAAACAGUUAAAUCAGAAUAAAUUGCGACUAUUUUCUCUGGUUUGUUUCAAAUAACCGUAAUUUUAAUAUGGAAUAUGAUAUUUUCUUCUCUAUCUUGUGGUGUAAUGGAAACUAUAGUGAUUAAGUGUUAUUUUGAAAAUCCAUCAAAAUUUUAAUAUUCGAAUUUAGAUGUAUUAAUUUGAAAUCAACAUUAUAAAACGAGAAUUAUUUGAGUUCUGUCAUUAAUAUUAUGUGCUAUGUAGGUGCCAUUUAUCCAUGGUGAUAUGAAUUUUAGAAAUAACCCAAAUGUUGUGUUUUCAACAUUUCGAAUAUAUUUAAAUGUCAGUAAAAUGUUCACGACUGAACUACGAAACAAUGAAAGAAAGCGAAUAUCUUUGUCUUCAAGUGUAUCAUACCGUAUGUAAUGUAAAUCACGUGUUACACUUACAGUACGUAAUGUAAGUCACGUGUUACACUUACAGUACGUAAUGCAAAUCACGUGUUACACUUACAGUACGUAAUGUAAGUCACGUGUCACAGUUACAGUACAUAAUGUAAGUCACGUGUUACACUUACAGUACGUAAUGUAAAUCACGUGUUACACUUACAGUACGUAAUGUAAACCACGUGUCACACUUACAGUACGUAAUGUAAAUCACGUGUUACACUUACAGUACGUGAUGUAAAUCACGUGUUACACUUACAGUACGUAAUGUAAAUCACGUGUCACACUUACAGUACGUAAUGUAAAUCACGUGUUACACUUACAGUACGUAAUGUAAAUCACGUGUCACACUUACAGUACGUAAUGUAAAUCACGUGUCACACUUACAGUACGUAAUGUAAAUCACGUGUCACACUUACAGUACGUAAUAUAAAUCACGUGUUACACUUACAGUACGUAAUGUAAAUCACGUGUCACACUUACAGUACGUAAUAUAAAUCACGUGUUACACUUACAGUACGUAAUGUAAGUCACGUGUCACACUUACGGUACGUAAUGUAAAUCACGUGUCACACUUACAGUACGUAAUGUAAAUCACGUGUUACACUUACAGUACGUAAUGUAAAUCACGUGUUACACUUACAGUACAUAAUGUAAAUCACGUGUUACACUUACAGUACGUAAUGUAAAUCACGUGUUACACUUACAGUACGUAAUGUAAAUCACGUGUUACACUUACAGUACGUAAUGUAAGGCACGUGAUAGAGUAAUUAAGAACUGGGAGUGCUCAAUAUUACAAACACUUAUGUAAUGAAUUAGCUGUUUAUCUCGACACUACCUGUUUAUCUCGAUAGUACCUGUUUAUCUCGACAGCACCCGCUUAUCUCGACAGUACUUGCUAUCCCAUUAGCGUUGAUGUAAUUAUGUUGAGCUGUAUUUAUUUUGUAAUCUAAACAGUUCUGAACAAAUAAUUCAGAAUGACCAAGCAAAUAACAAAAUAUUUUGAUGUUUUAUAGAUGGUCCGUUUAUGUGUUGAUCAUCCAUGUGUAAUAGUUUUCUAUAGAAAUAUUAGUUCAAGAAUUUUAGGUAAAAGGACUUGCUUCAAAUCAGUGUGUGUUUUAACCCCGGUGUUGUGGAGAAUCCGACAAUCUCUUAAAAUCCCGUACUGCCCGUGUUAUACAGAUUUACCAUUUCAUUCAUAUCAAUCUGACUACAAAAAUCUGGAACAGCAUAACAUCACAUAAGUUCUUCAAAUAAAGCAAUAUAUCAUAUCGAAAAAAUCGAAUUAGCAUUGAUAUAUAAUUGCAUAUAUUUUCAUGUAAGAUAAGACACACGACACGGUUAUCCUGUCUAAUGUAACAUAAGACACAUGGUUAUCCUGUCUAAUGAAACAUAAGACACACGGUUAUCCUGUCUAACGUAACAUAAGACACACGGUUAUCCUGUCUAACGUAACAUAAGACACACGGUUAUCCUGUCUAACGUAACAUAAGACACAUGGUUAUCCUUUCUGACGUAACAUAAGACCCACAGUUAUCAUGUCUAACGUAACAUAAGACACACGGUUAUCCUGUCUAACGUAACAUAAGACACACGGUUAUCCUGUCUAACGUAACAUAAGACACAUGGUUAUCAUGUCUAACGUAAGUUUCGUAACAUAAGACACACAGUUAUCCUGUCUAACGUAACAUAAGACACACGGUUAUCCUGUCUAACGUAACAUAAGACACAUGGUUAUCCUGUCUAACGUAACAUAAGACACACGGUUAUCCUGUCUAACGUAACAUAAGACACACUGUUAUCCUGUCUAACGUAACAUAAGACACAAGGUUAUCCUGUCUAAUGUAACAUAAGACACACGGUUAUCCUGUCUAACGUAACAUAAGACACACAGUUAUCCUAUCUAACGUAAUAUAAGACACACGGUUAUCCUGUCUAACGUAACAUAAGACACAUGGUUAUCAUGUCUAACGUAACAAAAGACACACGGUUAUCCUGUCUAACGUAACAUAAGACACACGGUUAUCCUGUCUAACGUAACAUAAGACACACGGUUAUCCUGUCUAACGUAACAUAAGACACACAGUUAUCCUGUCUAACGUAACAUAAGACACACAGUUAUCCUGUCUAACGUAACAUAAGACACACGGCUAUCCUGUCUAACGUAACAUAAGACACACGGUUAUCCUGUCUAACGUAACAUAAGACACACGGUUAGCCUGUCUAACGUAACAUAAGACACAUGGUUAUCCUUUCUGACGUAACAUAAGACCCACAGUUAUCCUGUCUAACGUAACAUAAGACACACGGUUAUCCUGUCUAACGUAACAUAAGACACAUGGUUAUCAUGUCUAACGUAACAUAAGACACAUGGUUAUCCUGUCUAAUGAAGCAUAAGACACACGGUCAUCAUGUCUAACAUAACAUAAGACACACGGUUAUCCUGUCUAACGUAACAUAAGACACACGGUUAUCCUGUCUAACGUAACAUAAGACACAUGGUUAUCAUGUCUAACGUAACAUAAGACACAUGGUUAUCAUGUCUAACGUAAGUUUCGUAACAUAAGACACACAGUUAUCCUGUCUAACGUAACAUAAGACACACGGUUAUCCUGUCUAACGUAACAUAAGACACACGGUUAUCCUGUCUAACGUAGCAUAAGACACAUGGUUAUCCUGUCUAACGUAACAUAAGACACAUGGUUAUCAUGUCUAAUAUAAAAUAAGACACUCAGUUAUGUCCCACGUCUUUCUGUGUUUUUAUUUUGUAGAUUAUAUUAGUAACGUUAACUUUUAUAGUUCCGGAGUCGUUCAGCCUGAUUUAUUUUAUCAUUUAUUGAUGAAAUGUUCCAUGUAUUUGUUUGUUGACGUAAUGACAGUUAAUUUAUACCUAUAUAGAAUAUUAUCCAGUUAUUUAAGUUUUCUAUUGUGUGAUAUUUAGAAAUUCCGUGUUACACAGUAACUAUGGUUUUAAUGUUAUAUUUCACAUCAUGAACAGGCAAGUUCGUCAAUUGAGUUUUGUAAUGUUUUUCAUCAGGAGAUUUUGUUGGUGUGUGUUACAAGUGCUUAAACUGUGAGAAUGAAGAGACAUUAUGAGAGGGUGGUGAGAUAUAUGUGAGAGGAGAGAUUUGCUCAUAUAGAUAUAUAAAAUAAUGUGUUUAAUUUAUAUAUAUGGUUAUAUAUGUACGUAUGAAUGUAUACUUUACUGUAUGUAUGAUGGAGGUAUCCCAUCAUAUUUUACUUUGAGGCAGUUAAGGAAUUGAUCCGUGUCCAGUAAUUCCGAGUUUAAAGCAUACAUGCCUUUGAUUAGAUGUGUGUGAUAUAAUUGAUUUAGAUAUGACAUGAGUCUGAUAAUUACAUACCAUUAACACCAGUACUCCUUACGUGACUCUUACCUGACGUUUCCUUACGUUUCUUGUGACGUCAUUUCCUAUAUUUAGAUGACGUGACUCUGACGUUUGAGGUGAUGUCACUCCAGCUAGUUAAACGACGCAAGUCUGCUGUUUUAGUGUUUGACGUCAGUUGAUGGAGAAAAUUCAAUAUUAUGUCAAACUCGGAAAUUAAUCAUAUGUCCAACAUGUCCUGUGACGUCACAAGUUAAGGUAAUCUCAUAUACCUUGUGACGUCACUAGUUGAACUUACUUCCCACCACAUCAGUGAGAACUCCACAAAGACCUGAUAUUCCCUACCGCGAGAAUACAUACCACACAAAGAACUUGGACUCCCCACAACGUCAAUAAUUACCACAUAAAAACCUUGGACUCCCCAAAGCGUCAAUAAAUACCACAUAAAGACCUUGGACUCUCCACAACGUCAAUAAAUAUCAAAUAAAGACCUUGGACUCCCCACAACGUCAUUAAAUACCACAUAAAGAACUUGGACUCCCCACAACGUCAAUAAAUACCACACAAAGACCUUGGACUCCCCACAGCGUCAAUAAAUAUCACACAAAGAUCUUGGACUCCCAAAAGUGUCAAUAAAUACCACACAAAGACCUUGGAUUCCCCACAACGUCAAUAAAUACCACAUAAAGACCUUGGACUCCUCAUAGCGUCAAUAAAUACCACACAAAGACCUUGGACUCCCCACAACGUCAAUAAAUACCACAUAAAGACCUUGGACUCCCCACAACGUCAAUAAAUACCACAUAAAGACCUUGGACUCCUCAUAGCGUCAAUAAAUACCACAUAAAGACCUUGGACUCCCCACAACGUCAAUAAAUGCCACAUAAAGACCUUGGACUCCCCACAACGUCAAUAAAUACCACACGAAGACCUUGGACUCCUCAUAGCGUCAAUAAAGACCACACAAAGACCUUGGACUCCUCAUAGCGUCAAUAAUUACCACACAAAGACCUUGGACUCCUCAUAGCGUCAAUAAAUACCACACAAAGACCUUGGACUCCCCACAACGUCAAUAAAUACCACAUAAAGAACUGGACUCCCCACAACGUCAAUAAAUGCCACAUAAAGACCUUGGACUCCCCACAACGUCAAUAAAUACCACACGAAGACCUUGGACUCCUCAUAGCGUCAAUAAAGACCACACAAAGACCUUGGACUCCUCAUAGCGUCAAUAAUUACCACACAAAGACCUUGGACUCCUCAUAGCGUCAAUAAAUACCACACAAAGACCUUGGACUCCCCACAACGUCAAUAAAUACCACAUAAAGAACUGGACUACCCACAACGUCAAUAAAUACCACACAAAGACCUUGGACUCCCCACAACGUAAAUAAAUACCACAUAAAGACCUUGGACUCCCAACAACGUCAAUAAAUACCACAUAAAGACCUUGGACUCCUCAUAGCGUCAAUAAAUACCACACAAAGACCUUGGACUCCCCACAACGUCAAUAAAUACCACAUAGAGACCUUGGACUCCCCACAACGUCAAUAAAUACCACACAAAGACCUUGGACUCCCCACAACGUCAAUAAAUACCACAUAAAGACCUUGGACUCCCCACAACGUCGAUAAAUACCACAUAAAGACAUUGGACUCCCCACAACGUCAAUAAAUGCCACAUUAAGACCUUGGACUCCCCACAACGUCAAUAAAUACCACACGAAGACCUUGGACUCCUCAUAGCGUCAAUAAAUACCACACGAAGACCUUGGACUCCUCAUAGCGUCAAUAAAUACCACACAAAGACCUUGGACUCCUCAUAGCGUAAAUAAAUACCACACACAUACCUUGGACUCCCCAUAGCGUCAAUGACUACACACAUCAGCUUGUAGAAGUAUCAAUAUGCUGGACUAUCCGUGAACAAUUUCUCCCUUUAGAAAUACAAAUAUGUCGUCAUGUGUAUAAAGAGAACAAUAUAUGGUUGACCAGUCGUGUUUAAACCGGAAGAAGCUUUAUAAAAGUGCGUGUGUGGAAUGGACGAGUGUGAGAUAUAAAUAUGUGUGGAAUGGACACGUGCGAUAUAUAUAUAUGUGUGUGGAAUGGACACGUGCGAUAUAUAUAUAUGUGUGGAAUGGACGAGUGCGAGAUAUAUAUAUGUGUGGAAUGGACACGUGCGAUAUAUAUAUAUGUGUGGAAUGGACGAGUGCGAGAUAUAUAUAUGUGUUAUUAUUAUGGUCAUUAAAAAAUUCAAGAUACAUGUAAA